UUACGUACGGGGGGGGGCAAAGGUAUAAUCAGUAAUAAAGAUCCCGCUGCCGUUGCAGGCUCACUAACUUGUUGCGCACUUGUUUAUUUUUUUUUAUUAAGUUUCAGGCGGCGGUGAGCUGCUCUCUGGCCCCAAGACGACAUGGCACGCCUGGUAGCGGUUUGCAGAGAGGGCGAGGAAGACUAUCCGUUUUUAUCGAGACAGAUUCCUCUGUAUAUUGAUGACACACUCACGAUGGUGAUGGAGUUUCCUGACAGUAUACUGGAUGUUGAAGACCAUGAAACGAACCCUGCUCAAUGGAAACAAUUUUCUGAGUAUUACUCCAAGCUGAAGCAGCAGGACCUGAAUGUUGCGCUGAUGGUGACAUCCAGAGAGGUGUACGGUGCGUUAUCUCAGUCGGUGCCGUGUGUUGGCUGCAGGCGAAGCGUGGAGCGCCUCUUUUCACAUUUAGUGGAAACCGGGAGUCCAGCGCUGGAGCCCCUCACAGUCAAACCAAAGGGCAUGCUCAGUCUCACCAAGGCUUGCUUGGCAGACAUGAAGAAGCUUUAUACACUCUUUUACAUCCAUGGGUCAAAGCUGAAUGACAUGAUUGAUGCCAUUCCUAAAAGUAAAAAGAAUAAACGCUGCCAGUUGCACUCCUUAGACACUCACAAACCUAAGCCAUUGGGGGGGAGUUGGAUGGACGUGUGGGAGCUGAUGUCUCAAGAAUGCAGGGAUGAGGUGGUCCUGAUCGACAGUGCCUGUCUCCUGGAGACACUGGAGACAUACUUGCGUAAACACAGGUUUUGCACAGACUGUAAAAGUAAAGUGAUCAGAGCUUAUAACAUCCUGGUUGGAGAGGUGGAUUCCAGUGAGGAGAAGGGGUACUGCGCCGCUCUGUAUGAGGGUCUCUGCUGUUGCCCCCACGAGCGGCACAUUCACGUGUGCUGUGAGACGGACUUCAUCGCUCAUUUACUCGGCCGGGCGGAGCCUGAAUUCUCGGGAGGUUACGAGCGGAGAGAGAGGCAUGCAAAAACUAUCGAUGUUGCACAGGAGGAAGUUCUGACCUGCCUGGGCAUUCAUCUCUACGAGCGACUGCAUAGAAUCUGGCAGAAGCUACGAGCUGAGGAACAGACCUGGCAGAUAUUGUUCCAUCUGGGUGUCGACGCGCUACGGAAAAGCUUUGAGAUGGCGGUGGAGAAGAUGCAGGGGAUCAGUCGGCUUGAGCAGUUUGUGGAGGAGCUGUCGGAGGAGGAGAGGGCCAAAGAGCUGAAACUGGAGAAGAAGAGGCAGAAAAGAAAAAAUCGACGCAAAAACAAGUGUGGCUUUGAAAUGUCUGAACAGCAGGCGGAGAAUAAGGAGAAAAUCCUUGAUGAGGGUUCCUUUAAUUCAGUUGAGGGCAGUUGUAAGGCCUGUGGAAGCAAUGAUGAGGAAGAGGAAGGGGCUGCCACCAGCGGGAACACCCCCUGUAACUGUUCAGACAGCGCCAAGCAAGAUUUGUCCCACAUCAGUAACGCGAGCGACUGGGGCUACUCAUCCAGUAUGGAAGGCAGUGAGAUGAGUUCACGAGAGGGCUCGGAUGUUGCCUGCUCAGAGGGGAUUUGCAACCAUGAAACAGUGGAUUAUCCAAAUGUUAAUCAGUGUUUUGAAGACAAGGAGGAGGACGGAACCGACAGCUGCGUGGACUGCUGGCCACACUCAGAGGAAAAGAGUCAGUCCAAGAGUAAAAAGAAAAAAAAGAGCAAGAGCUUCUGCAGCGAUCAGGGCCCCAAAUCUGAAGGCUGUCUGUCAGACGGGAAGUCCGCAGGCCACAAUCUGACCUCAGCAAACACCUGUCGAACCAAAGAAUUCUUAUCCUCUAAAUGCGCUGAUAGAUUUACCAACAUUGCUCUGCGUUUGCCAUGGACAAUAAAUCAGAACAACUGCAGCCUUCGCACAAGGCCUACAAAGGCGAAUAUAAGUCUAGUGGAACUUCUGGAUGAUUCCGACAUAACUUCCGAUGAGGAUUGCGGUCUGACACAGGAUGAGAUCCAGGCAUUUUUAGAACAAAACCGAUCCUUCUACAGCAACCGCCACCAAUAUCGACAGCUCCUAAAAGAGAAAUUCACCAACUACUGUCGGUCCACUGAGGAGGGCAAGCCGGUCUGUGGAAAGCGGUUUGCCUCAACCAGUGUCAAGUAACAUCUGCCAGUGGGAAACUAAAAGCACUGCUGCGGGAUUGUUAGAAAAGAUGCAUUUCAGGUGUAGCCUUCGGUGUCUUGUUGGGUCUUCUCUGAAAUCAAUGUGGUUGGUAUCCUAUCGACAUCUCUGUCUCUUUUGCACGUGUACACUGACACAGUUCAUCUCUAUUUGCCACAUUCAUACAUGUAGUUGUUCUUUUUGACCAAGCUGAGAUAUUUAUUGUUGGUCUUGUGUUGGGUUAUGGGGUUGGAGCACAGUCGAAUAAGAAAUCAAUUGUUGCAAGCUGUGAUGAGGAUUCAUUUCAGGAGUCUUAUUUUUAUGAUUUUUGUUCCUUUUUAUUUGUUUUUCUUCUCAGUGGUGACACUUAAGUCUAGUGCUAAAAGGUUGCACCUUGAAAUGUGUAGAGAAAUAUAAAUAGAUGAAUUUUACAGAGAAUAAACAUCCAUUUGUAAUAAAUUUGGGGUGUGAACCUAAUGUGGAAAAUUUACAAA